GGUCGCUCCGGCUCCGCCAGUCAAGGCUGCCAUGGCGAGGCGGCUCUUCGCGGGGCUCCGCUUUGUCUUCGCUCUCUGCGUCUUCGAGGGCGCUGCAGGGACAGAAACCCUUGUGAUUGGCAUAGCAGGCAGGGACGUGACUCUGACGUGCCAGAAUGCAUCACAGCGAGCACUUGUGGUGGAGUGGUUUCAGGGGGACCCCGACACUGCCCCCGUUCUCUUCUCCUCGGAUGGCAAGCUCCCAGAGGACGCUCGCUUCUCGCUCGUUGGGAACGCCUCCUUGCACAUCACAGGGCUGCGCCCGCAAGACGAAAGGAACUACACCUGCAAGGAAGUGCUGAAUGAGACGGAUCACUUGCACAGGAUCCAGUUGCUUGUGGCCAGUGGCCCUGACAGGAUCGAUGUCCACAUCCAACCCACCACGGUACUGCCAAAUGGCACUUUCUAUGCCAAGAGACACGGCAUCCUCAAUUUCACCUGCACUGCCAUCUCCCAGCCCGUGCCCACAAUCAAGUGGGAUUUCGACCCGUCCGGUUCUCCCCACGAGCUAUUCACAGAAGUUAACGGCUCGCAGAACUCUUUCAUCCUGCACCAGAUGUCACCCAGGUACCAAGGGAACUAUACGUGUUCAGCGAAGAACCCGCUCAGCGGCUUCCAAGAGACCCGGACCCAAGAGUUGCUGGUCUACUAUCCCCCACCAUCCUUACCCCAGUGUUGGGUUGAGACCUCCACUGAAAGCUCCAGAGGGGUGCAAUUGUUCUGCCAAUGGCCUGGGGGUUAUCCACACCCUUCCCUCUACUGGAGAGACAAAGAGGACCUGAGCAGCAAGGAAAUCAAUGCUACGAGCCUGGCUGACACCAUCGUGGCAACUCUGAACAGCUCCCAGUUGCUUCAUGAGAAGGAGUUCACCUGCCAUGGAAGCCAUGUCUUAGAACAGGAGGCAAAGGCGUCCUGCACUGUGCAGCUGGUGGACCCUAUGAUCAUAUCUGACCCUGUGAGGAACUGUUUCAUUGGGAGGGCCGUGACUCUGACCUGCCUCUUGAUAGCUGGCAAUCCACCAGCUAGAAUCACCUGGCUGCGGAACAUUUCCCAGCCAGAGACGGAGAUCCGGUCAACUGGGAGGUUUCAUGUCAGCCAAGUCGGCAACGUCUCCACCCUCAUUAUCCAGAACUGCUCCCACAGCACAGACGAGGGUUACUACGUCUGCAAGGCCGAGAACUCCGUGGGGCUGAGAGAAAUGUACAUCCAUCUUACUGUGACAGAACCUGUUAACAUUGGUGGCAUUGUGGGAACUAUCGUGGUCAUUUUGUUGCUGGGAAUUCUGGUCUUCUUUGGAGUUUUCUUAUACGCUGGUCCCCGUUUCUGCCCCAAAGGCACCCUGCUCAGGACUCGAGACACAAGCGACAUUCUUGUGCUGAUGGAUUCAGAGGACGAGGAUGUGUUGGCAGAAUCCACUGGGGACCCUGCUUGGCACAAAGCAAUGGUGCGGGCAAACGGGCAUGCCACCUGGCCUACAGAAAGCUUCCGUGCAGAGAUGCCCAGUGAAAUCUCCCUGGAGGAAAAAGAAGCUGGACCCACAACGUAGGAGACCUCUCUAUUUUCCCCCCUCUUACAUGCUAGAAGCCAAAGCAUCAUCACAGCGUUGCUGCAUCCGGACCAAGGGGGAGGAAGAGUACUUUCGGCAGCCAUCUUGUCUGUUCGUCUGUCUUCACUCACUGUUGCUCAUCUUUUCCAUUUGUUGUCAUUCUCUCCGGUGCCUUUUCUUUCCUCCAAAUCCCUAUUGGAAUAUUGAGAUGGAAACAAAAGCCCAUAAUGGAGGAAAUGUGCCUUCAAGCAGAGGACCCAAGGUUCAGUGUCCUUGAAGCCAGAUAAAGAACAUGUUUGGAAUUGAGCUUCCAGAGGCCCAGAGUAUCUCAGGACAGCAGGAAGAGCUGAAUGGAGUGGUAUGGCUGGAAGCUAAUAUCCAUGUGUCCAAAAGAAGAAGAGUUUGAAUUUAUACCCCACCCUUCACUCAGAGGGGCUUACAAACUCUG